UACCGGCUGGAGAAGAAUUGUUUUAUGCUGAAAUUAAAACUGAUCGCAGAAAAGGAGGUUAGUACGGCAGAUGUAUAACUGCUAAAAAAAAAAAAAAUCGGAAUUUGAUUUAUGUAUUGAUUUCUCUAUUUCUGAUAAUCAUGUCAACUUGAUUUUCCUUGUCCCAAACACUAUAGAAGUGUGAACCAUUGCUCAUAGUAAAGUUUGCAUAGUUCAUACUGAAAAAGGUCUAUAUUAUAGAUUUGGAAUGCAUCCCGCACAGCUCAAUAACAGUGGCAGCUGGUGAAGAUUUAAUAUGGUGGGAGGCAAACUAAGCCAAUUGAAUUGGAUUCGAAAUAUUGGGCAGACUUGAUGGGCCGAAUGGUUCUUAUCUGCCAUCACAUUCUAUGUUUCUAUAUUUCCUCAAAAUAUUCUAUAUUUGGCCCUUGGGAUUUAACACCUUGCACUUAUCCACACUAAAUGUCAGUUGCCACAGCCCUUACUAGUGUUCUAGGUCACUGGGCAUUCAUUUCAGACACUUGAGAUUAAAUGGGGAACGUCACAAACCACCUUUAGCAUACUGAGCAUGUCUGUGGUGCUAUUAGACUGGACGGAUUUCGCAAACGACCUAAAUUAUACACAUGACCUAGUACUCAACACCUUAUCCAGACUGCCAUUUUUCAUUAUCCGUCAGUUUGCUCUGAAAUGAAAGAAGGGGAAAUUAUAGCACUGCAGUGCUGUAUGGUGUAUGUUUAAUGGAUUAUUUGUAAGUUAACCAUUUCCCAAAGGGAAACAAACUCAUGUUAGUGGGUCACUCUUAACCCUGGCAAUAGUUUUUCUUUUGUUUUUUCAUUAUGAUAACAGUUAUCGUGUGGGGCACUGCCCUCUAAGUGUCCCUAUAGAUUAGCUAACACUACUCCAUACUAUUGUCAUACAAAAGCUACAUGAGGCUUUUGAACUGUGAACACUAACACACAGCUAACAUAGAUAUACUUAUAUAGCAAAUAUGAGAUUUGAAAAAUAAAAAUUAUAUGUAGAAUCUGUCCUUUGUUCCUGGCAGUCAGAAAGCAAACAGAGAAAAUAAGAAAUUAAGUAAUUUCUCUGAUUCUCCUCCUCAGUUGCAAUGUGUGUCUGGCUUUAUCUGAACUGGAUUGUGAUGUAAUUUUCUAAAUCUUUAAUAUAAUAUAAAAUAUAUUUACUUAAGUUUAAAAGAAAACAUUAUAUGAAAGUAAGUUAACUCAAAUUAGAGGUGAUUUUCAGUGUUUAAUUCCACAGUGUAAUGUUGUAGAGAAGUAACUGUUCCUCUUUAACCUGUUAGUUUAAAACUCAGAGGAGCACUCUAUGCACCAUGACCCUUACAGUGGUUAUGGUGGAAGGCGUUCCCUGGUGCCAUCCCAGUGUAACCCGUCAAGCCAGUUUAGCGGUGUUUGACUAAAUCUGGGUCCUACCGGGAUCCUGUCCUGAACUCUAGCAUUUAGUCUUCAUUGGCUGACCGUGUUGGCAGAGUAGCUGCAUGUCAAACUGAUGUCUGGCUUCUCCAGAUCUCAGAAACCUGGAUGAAGUGGAGGCAGCGGUGGGACCCAGGUAAGUAUCAAACCAUGUUAAAAACAGUUUGAGAGAUUAUGCUGAGAUUACAUAAGGGUACACCUGGACUAUAGCCAAUAAAUGGGGGCAGCAGUGGUUAUGGUGUUUGGAGUGUUCCUUUAAUAACCAAGUUACUUGUAGAUUUGUUUAAUAAAUGCUGUUCAAGUUUAAACUGUUUGAUUCGGAUUUAAAUAGGACAAUAAAUAUUCUGCUACGAAAAGAUUAUUCAUAAAAUAGUAAUUUUCAUACCAUCAACCCUUUAUCUUCCAGGUUUACCAGCAAUUACUGCUGAUAAUGUGAGUAUUGACAUUUAUACAUAUUCCUUAAGUAUUCAGGACAGACACUGCUCUUUAAAAAGUACUAUCUGAACAAGGCCAACGUUUUCCAAUGACCAACGAAAACACAAGCAGCAUUUAGUCAUUAGAGAUAAAAAGAUAAAAACUUGGAAACUAAUUGGUACUUUAAUAAAAUCUAUAAAAAUCACAAACAUUAAAAAAAAUUACAAUACUGCAUAUAAGACAACAUACAGUAAGGCACAAUAGAUAUAUACAAUAUUGGAUACGCUCCCUGAUUAAGUGAGGACCAAUCACGAAAUAGGAGCGUGAGGCGAACGAUUACCAAUCACUGACCGCCUCUGAUCCUCUGGAGUUUCCUUAUUUCCACUAUCCCCUACGGGUAAGGCAUGCACCCAGAGGGGGAGACAGGACACCAGAGCUGUUGCCCCCAACACUGCCAAAGAUCCAGCUGGCAGGAAUUUUCAGGAUGAUAUUCAUCCAGGAGCCCCCAGAAGUCUGCAUUUGAUUACACUUCAAAACAGAUCUCCCGACACGUCAGAGGCUUUAUAGCAUUUAACAGCAACAUUACUCCAGCUCUUUAUAUAUAUAUAUAUAUAUAUAUAUAUAUAAAAAAAAAAAAAACAACUUCUGCUACACUGAAUCAAUGAGGGAUGGCAUAGCAAUAUAUUACUUUAUAGUGUUUUAACCAAUCUAUUUCUGUUUGAACUUUUCUUGUGCAUAUAGUGUAUAUAUACACACAUUGUGCCUUACUGUAUGUUGUCUUAUAUGCGGUAUUGUAUUAUUUAUUUUUUAUGUUUGCGGCUUUAUUAAACAAUUAGGAUGUCAGUUGCGCGUCCUCUGAUUAUCGUUUAGAAUUUCUUUAGGAAGGACUUUCCUCUUUGAAAAGCAGCAACCACCAUCGUAUCACUUUUAGAACACUUAAAAAAAAAAAAAAAAAAAUUUCACCCAGAUCGCUUCAGGUGUUCUCAAAAAAAAAUGUGGAAGUCUUCUGUGACCGGCUUACCGUGUGCAGGCUGCCCAAAAUAGUUCCAUGAGUUUGGUGGGUUUUGCUGGUCACUUCAGUAAAAGGGAAAAAAUGAAUAAAGUACCGAAUGGAUCCCCUGGCUCUCAGCAGCAAUUGUUCCCCUCUGUCGAAUGCACCAAAGUACUGAAUAGCGCUCUUCUAGCUAUUCGGGAAUUAUAGUUCCAGCGUUUGUCUGUUUGAGACCGGUGUUCGGCAAGUCAAGUGUCUGAUUUUAGUUACAGACACUCAACGAUUUUAGUUACAGACACUCAACGACCAAGUCUCGAUGCCUUUGUUCGGCUGAAAAUAGAUGGCUGUGGUUUUCUCAGCCAUGAUUAUCUGCUAGGGUUUCAUAUACUGUAUUUCUAUUUUAUAUGAUUUAUAUCUUUUUCUAGAAAGUAUAAUAUCUGGUGCACACUUUUUAUUCUGCCCCUAGCAGAUUUAAAGACGUACACACCACAUACAGUUGCGUUAUCACACAAAGUUGUGACACCUAAUUCUAUUGUAUGAUAGAAAACAGUUCCAUAUACUGUUUUUCUAUUCUAUAUGGUCUAUAUUUUUUUUUAUAAAGUAGAAUACUUGGUGUAUACUAUAUUUAUUCUGCUCCUAACAGAUUUAAAAACGUACACACCAUACACUACUACACUUUCUUCCUCUAAUACUUGAUCUAUUUCGAUUUAUCCUAAUAUUGGCAUUAUCACAUUUAAUUUUAAUUAUAAUUUUAAUACUGGUGUUAUCAUAUUAAACAGCCAUUUUUGGGGGCGAAACCGCUCCUGGAACAAUCACACCAAACUUUGGGUGUCAGUUUCUGUCAGGCGCUGCAGGUCAAGGCCCACACAUUUUAGCGUGCUGAAGUAGUUUUGGUGCCAGAAGUACCCUCCUUUGUGAGUAAAAAUUAUUUUGAAUAGUAUGACUUCUCACUUAGGCUCUGUCAGACGAUGCUCUUCGCAUCCACUAGUUAAAGUGGAGAGCCAGAAGCAUUUAAACAGUGCAGGGCUAGCUUAUUGGCUUUGCUCUGCAAAGCCAGGCUUAGCUCAAAAAGAGAGCCAGAAGCUCUCUGGAGAUAUGGAGCAGCACCCAGAAGACCCCAGGUAAGUUUGACUGCUUACAAUGGAAUGAGAGGGGCACUAGGUCACUCCUGACUAUUGUGGUGCUGACGGUACAUUCAAUAUGUACAUCACUGCUUUGCAACCUAAAUAUACAUGAUAUGUGUUUCCCUUUUACAGUCCAUUAUCUACUCAGCGGUGAAGAGAAGAGGUUCAAACCAAGCAACACCAGAAUCUUGUGCGCUCUAUAUCAAUGGAAGCAUUGGGGAACGAUCACUGGCUGCCAUGGCCUCAUAA